AUGUCGCCGAAACACCAAAAACGUUCCCGAGCCAACGAUGCUGCCGACAAACCACCUCGACCGACCGAGGAACGAGUCAAGAGACGCCGAACUUCAGAUACUCCCAAUGUGAAGGAUACCAAAAAGGCAAAGAGUUCCACCUCUACGGAGGUUGUCCCGGCAGUCGAGGCCUCAUCAUUGGCCGUGCAGAAACAGCAGAGCACUGCUCCAUGGUCAUUUUCACGCCCUGUUGGUGGUCGCUACAGCAAUGUGAACCCUGUGAUGACCCAGGAUGAGGCGUACCUCUUUGUUGGACUCGAUACAGCCGUCCAAGUCUUUGCAACUUCGACAUCCCGUCUUGUGCGAACCUUGCAGAUGGAGGCUGGACAGCAUGUCAUUGGAUACCAGAUCUGCCCUACCGACCAGGAGGUCCUCUAUAUCUUCACAUCCGGCUUUGUGACUAAGUGGAACUGGGAUUCUGGGAAGCGAAUUGCCCGCUGGGAAGCAGGCGCUCGCACGGUUGCAGUUGAUGUGACCACUAUUGCCAACGUGGAUAGCCCAGCUGCUUAUUCCAUUCUGGUUCAAAAGGAUGGAAAGAGACAGGUUGUAUUCAAUGCGUUGGGAGACAAGAAGUCGACUCCCAUUGUUGCUCUUCAAACUGGCGAGCAGAUCAACACUAUUCAAGUUGCCUACGGUGGACGGGUCGUUGUUGCUUGUGAUGGCCCACGCAUUUUCCUGGGUACCACAGCCAGUAUUGACCUUGAGAUCCCCAAUGCCACACAAUAUACUUGGAGGGAAGCUACCCUUCCGGUUUCCGCCACAUGUUUCCACUUGCGAGAAUCCUCAUCCACAAAGAACCAGGCUCCCGAAGUGAAGGGCCUGAAGGCCUCAGAGACCAUUGAUUUGGCCCUAGGUGAAACUGGUGGAUCCAUCUUGAUUUACCAAGAUAUUUUGAACACUCUGUUCGCCCGUGCUUCGGAUAAGAAGUCAUCCCCUAGGAAAUUACACUGGCACCGUGGCUCUGUGAAUACUGUGAGGUGGUCCAGAGAUGGUAACUACGUUAUUUCCGGAGGAAACGAGUCCGUCAUUGUUUUAUGGCAAUUAGAUACCGGCAGGAAACAAUUCUUGCCUCAUUUGUCUUCUCCUAUCCUCAACGUUACUGUUUCACCACAAGGGACUUCCUACUUGGUGCAGCUGGCUGAUAACUCCAUCAUUGUCUUAUCUGCACGAGAGCUCCAGCCAUCCGCCACCAUUACCGGUUUACAACUCGGUUGCGAUGCUGGAAACGCCAAGGAGUCCGCUUCAAGGAAGGCUCUCAGCCCCGUUGCAGCUUUGCACCCGCAACACCCUGAGCACCUGCUCGUUGCUGUUCCUGCCUCUCAGCAAGGCUCUCAGCGCACUAACGCCGCCGUACUGCAGACUUUCGAUAUCAGAUCUAACUCCCAUAUCUCUCGCCAAGCCCUGGCCCGAACCAACACUACCACAAUCAACAUUGGUCCUGAAGGCUCACCGAUAACCACACCUGAUAUUCGGAAUAUGGAUAUUCUUCACAACGGCAAAUGGUUGGCCACUGUUGAUACUUGGAACCCACGCUCUCAGGACGUGGAGGUUCUGGCUGGAGUUAGCUCAAAGCAGAACGACUCUUCACUGCGACCAGAGAUCUUCCUCAAGUUCUGGAAGUGGAGUGCAUCCUCUAAUAUUUGGGAACUGGUUACUCGUAUUGAUGGACCUCACUUUAAUGACAACCACCACUCAACGGUCCUCGGCCUAGCCGCCCGUCCUCUCUCACAUGAAUUUGCAACCCUCGGCGCAGAUGCCUUCCUUCGUUUCUGGUGCCCCACCGCUCGACACCGCAGUGGUCUGAAGACAGACUCUAACGAGCAACACCUGGACACAUGGAAGUGCCGUAGCGCCGUUGACUUGACUGGAUUCCUUGGUGACACAGCUGUACCUGUCAAGCAGGCAUGCAUCAGCUUCUCCGAGGAUGGUUCAGUACUCGCCGUUUGCCUGCCAUCGGACUCCGGCGCUAACGACGGUCUCGUUCUUCUGAUCGAUGUUCACAGUUGCUCCGUACACUACCGACGAACUGGUAUCUUCCUCGGUGUUCCUCACUCAGCCAAGUUCCUGGGACGUAACCUCAUUGUUGCAUCCAUGGGAUCAGUAACAGUUUGGGAUACCGUCGAUGAUGUCGUCAAGCCUGCUCAGCUUCCUGCAUCUAUUGACCAGACCAACACCAAGUCCGGAACCGCUCCGCUCAUUGCCGUAAACUCCAGAACUCAAACCCUGGCCAUUGCCAGCCGCGGAGCCGAUAGCACAAACGCAAAGAAGCGACGCAAGGCUCAGUACCAUUUCCGAAUCUACGACCUGCCAUCCAUGGAGUUGGUCUUCCAAGAAACUCUUGGCAGCUGUCCUCUUACCCUUCUCUCUGAUGUCUACUCCGGUGACUACAUCAUCAUUGAUUCCACAGCCAGUAUCCUCCGACUUGGCUGCUUGGAGAAGGCCUCCCAGAAGAACGUCCAAUCUUCAGAAGUGACAAGCCACCUUACCUCAGGAUUGGCUAGUAUCUUCAGCCAAGGACCUGAGAGGGCUCCUGUACAGGCUAUUGAGGGUGAUUACUCCUCUGCUCAAACCAAGGGAUUGGCUAGUGUCUUUGGUGACACUCCUUCAUUCUCUUUGCCUUCUAUGGGUGUUUUAUUCAGAAAUGUUGUCCAAACGCUAGGAAGCAGCUAA